AUGUUCAUUCUUGUAGUCCAAGUAAUACACAACUUUAUACCCACGAAGACAAUGAUGAAUGAAUGCAGAGGCAGCAUCGAAGAAACCGGUUGUCGGAACCUAGCAGGAGGGAAUUUUUUUUUGGUAAGACGAGUGGGUGGUUGUGCUUUUCAACAUUGGCACGGCCACCACCAACUAUAUCAAGAAUCAAUUUCAAUACUACAUGUACAUACUUACGACAUCGCCCAUAGGUUUAGGUUCCUCACAGGUGGAUUGAGCAAGUCCAAGUUGCUGCAAAUAAUACAAAACCCAGAGCGCCGCAAAAAAAUACCGUAG